AUGUCAUUUAAAAAGAGAAAUAAGCUUAAAGUCCCCACAUCGGCCAUUGGACAAAAUAACUUGCCUAUCACAAAGAACAUUACACCAUCCCUCAAUCUCUCAUUUGAUGAUGAAGAGAAUGAUGAAGAAGAAAUAUUGCCAUUAACGUUUCAAAGGAAAGGGAAGAAUGCCUCUUCAAUCAAACUUCCGAAGGAGAUAGGAGUUGAAAAUAAUCCCACUACCUACGAUAACAUCUAUUCAUCCAAGAAUGAAAAUAAGAAGAGCGAGGUACGAAUUUUAAAUAUGGAUGAUGAAGAGUUAAUGGAAUUAGACGACCAAAAUGCAUCAGAUAAUGAAAGUUCAGAAGUGCCAACUCAAAAGGAGAUUGAUGAAAUAAAAAAGAGGAGGGAGAAGUUGAGACUAAGGAAUCUUAAACCCAAGGGAAAUGAUCAAAUUAGUGAAAGAGCGUAUGUAAAAUUGUUGGAUAAAGAAGAUAAGAUUGACUUGAUGGAUACGAUAACUAAAAACGGUGGUCUUAAAAAAGCCAAUGAGAAGGACAACAUCAGUGAUGGGGAAUUAGAAGAAUUUGAAGAUGACAUGUUGGAAUUAACAGAAUCUCAAGCUCAGAAACAGAGGAAUAAGAAAAGAGAAUUGAUAGAGGACGCCAUAGCCUCAACUGCCCAACAUACUGGAGAUUAUGAAAAACAUAUAUUGAGUUCAAAUUUGAAUAUAGACCUUGAAAUAGCUUCUGAGAUGCCUAAACUUCCUACCCUUUUUGCAAGCGACGAAGAUGAUACAGAUGAAAAUGCAUUAGCAACUGAAAUGUCAAAAUUACAAUUUGAGAGGAAGAAAAUAACUUUGCAGGUUGAAAACCUAAAGAAACAACAAACUUUGUAUUUGGAGCAACAGCAAAAGUUACUUAAAAAACUUACAGAGUGGUAA